AGAAGCUCAUUCAGACCUGAGAGCUGGGGGGACACACACAGAGAGAGAGAGAGAGAGGGGGGCCAGUGCACUGAGGUCCCAGGGACAUUCUCCCCCAGCCUGAACUCCAAGAGAGAAGGGGAUUGGGGGCAUCCUGAGGGUCGCCAUGGAUUUGUUGAACUCCAAGUACCUGAGCCCUGGAGGCACCUACGAUUACACCUUUAACUUCUGGACGGACUACCUGGGCUUGUCCGCGCUGGUGAUGAAGAGCCGCAGGAAUGUGAGCCGCUCCCCCAACUCCAUCACUGAGUCGCUGAAGGCCACUCUGGGGCUGAGGGACCCUGCUUGCCCUUGCCUGGCCGCCGACGGGGAUGCACCCCUGCAUUGCUGUUGCUGCUGCUCGCCCAACGCGUCCAGGAACUGGCUGGAGCUGGACGACCCCUUCUCCCUGCUCGACCCCGUCCGUCCCUUCCCAGCCCCCCAGGAGCCUGAGCUGCUCCUCGACCCCUUUGCCCCCCUGGAUCUGCUGGGGCUGGAGAGGAGGGGGUUCAGGAGGAGCAGCAGCGGCGGCGGCCGGGCCAAGCAAGAGCCCAAGAUCUGUGUCUUCUGCCGGAACAACGGCGCCCCCGAUGAUGUCUACUCCUCUCAUGUGCUGAAGACCCCCGACGGCAGGGUCACCUGCCCCAUCCUGAGGGCCUACACUUGCCCCCUGUGCCACGCCAACGGAGACAACGCUCACACCAUCAAAUACUGCCCCCUCUCCAAAGACCAGCCGCCCCAGAGGGUGCUGAAGGGGGGCAGAGCGGUCGGCGGGGGCAAGAGGCUCAAGAUCUUCUAGACUCGAAGCCUUCUUCCGUGAGAAACAGAACCUUUUUGGGACCUAAGACUUCCGACGCCCCCCUCCCAAUUUCCAAACCUUCCAUCUUCAACCCCCUCAAUCUCCAAGCCUCCCCAUCUAAACCCCCCACCUCCAACCCUCCAUCUCCAAAACCUCCUCAUCUCCAACAUCCCCACUUCCCUCCCUUUCCCCCCAAAACUCAACCUUGUUUCAGGAAAGGAAAUACCUGGUCUUGAAAAACAUUUCUUAAGGUCCCAUCGUUUUAUGGAUCAAGAAUCGAAUUUUGGGGGGAGAAAAACCGUAUUGUCUUCAUCUUUCAAAAUGUGGUAGGUUUUGGCAAAGACAGAAUGAGAGAAGAAACUGGUCAUUUCUCCCUGGUAACUUUUACUUGUUGACAUAAGGCAAUGUGGUGUUUUUUUGUGCUGAAAAACGAGAUUUAUGUUAAUGGACAGAAACAUUUUGGUGUUCCAUUGAUAUCCAUCACUUUAUUUCACCCUCUUCCCCGGUCCCAUUUAAAAUGUCACUGACAAAUUUUAAGACAAAUUCCACCCUCCCCACCCCUCUCUGAAAACUGUUUGGAAUUUUCUGCAGAGUUGCUAGGUUGGUGAAGAGCUUUUUUUGUUCAGGAAUGUAAUUUUGGACACAGGCCAGAAUUUUAAAAAAGGGCAAAAGUAGGAUUUGUAUUCUUGGGCUGAAAUGGAAGGUUGGAACAUUUUCAAAAGUGCAUCUUUUUGGGAGAGCUUUUUGAAUUUAAUAUCAUUUGAAUUUAAUAUCAUUUUAAUUUAAUAUCAUUUGUGAUUCAAUUUCCAACUUGGUAAGUCUCUAACCUGCACUGUAAAGUCACACCCUGACAUAUAAUCUUGGAACUCAACGAAGACUUGGGAUUAGAGUCUGUUUUGCCAUAGCUCCAAUCUUUAUUCUUGUUCCCGAAAUCACAGAUUGGUACACAGAAACAGGAUUUGGUUUGAACACGAGGACGACAGGACUUGGGCUGGGGUCUGGCUGGGACUAUGUAGUGGGGAGGGGAGAAAGAACCUUUUGUGGACAAUUCAGUCUCAUGAACUUGUCUUAAAGCAAGACUGUGGAUUUGUUUUUUGUGUCGUCUUUCUCAGACGCAAGCACGAUUUUAAACAAAAAAAUUGUUGGAUAAGUAGUCAAACGUCUCUUUGUUGCGUACUGUCUGAACACUUAAUCCAAAUAUAUUUUAAAAAAACAAUUGCAGUUUCCUUCUUUAUAGUGAAUGUAACAUUUUAACAGUCGGGAGUUGUUCUGAAGAGAUGAUUCUUGCAGGACUGCACAAUGAAAUUGAGUCUUUCCUUUUAUUUACCAAAGCAGUUAUACAAGUUGUAAGAGAAUUAUAUGUAAAUAAGAACUUGUCUGUAAUGUAUAUUCAGUAUUUUGAUCAUAUGCUGAUUUAAAGAGGGCUCUACCUCAAAAGAUUAAUGCUUGAGAGAUGCAUUAAAUUUCUAUCAAAAAAAAUUAAAUAUCAGAUUCAAUAAAUAACCAGUUUAUAAAUGACACACUGCCAUUUCUAAAAGGUUUUGUAAUAAUAUUUUUUUGAAUUUUAUAUAAGAAAUCUGUAUUUUUCACAUUACGGCUGCAGGAAAAAUUUAAAAAUGAAUGCCGCUUUUAAGCAAUUCAUUUCGCACUUAAGUUUCUGUAAAUAUAAUUCACAAUUAUUUUCUUUCUGAAUUUGUGUUGUAAAUUGUUGGCCUUUCUUUGCAAAGAGUUUUUUUUACAAAAGAAAUCUUGAUUAAGGUACCAGUUUAAUUCUUAUUUAUACAAUGGUGUUACUGUUUCUGUAUGCUGCAGCACAGAAAGAAUGAUAUUGUUUACUGAAGGUAAUAAAAUGGCAUAUUGAAGAAU